AUGGUCACAGCUUAUGUCUUAUUCUGGUGUCUUCAUCCUGAGCAGAAGCAGAUGGUGCCCCAGGAGGACUCCUCCAAGAAGGGGUUGCAGAAAGGCCAUAUUGCAGCAAUGGUGCUGAAAGCAGUGAAGCCAUUCAAACUUGAGACCCUAGAAGGGAAGGAGGAGAUGAUGUUUCAUGCUUCAGUGGCUACUGAGCGUGAAUUCUUUUUAGUAGAAAUUUUCAAUACAAAGCUAAAAGAUAGCGCCCCAAAGAGAAUAAUUAUAAUAUCACAGUAGUGUUGGAACAAUGGUUUUCUGGAGAUAAAUAGUACCCCAUUUGUGUUUGAUGCUGAAUCUGACUGAAAGAUCAGUGUCCCAAACCACAUUUUCAGAAAAGCUGGUGAAACCCCAAAUAUCAAUAAGCUUCAAACUCAACCUCUUGGAAAAGUUGUGAAUGGGGUGUUUGUAAUACAGAAGAUAAGUUCCUAUAAAUAAUUUUGUAUUGAUUAGUAAGAACAACUUAUUCUCCACUCUGAGAUUGAAGGGCCUUUAGAAAUCAUUCGUUUUAAUGCUUUAUAUAGAGGAAAAACAAACAUAAAAAUCUGAACAAGUAAACCCAAAAAACUAAUGUGCCACAAAGUUAAUGAUGUAGCCAAACUCAAGUACAUUAGAAGUCUUUUUAUUCUCAUGAAGCCGUCACCGUCCUGUUUCAACUUUUUUUUUUUUUACCCUUGUAGCCUCUGAAAAAGGGAUUACUUCUCUGCAUUAUUUUUGUACUUUAUAAAUACAUAUGAUUUUUAUUUUAAGUGACUAUCAUUGUGAUAUAUAUACAUAUAUGUGUGUAUGUACAUACACAUACAUAUAUACGUAUAUCUCCUAUUGGUCCUGUUUUUCUGGAGUACUCUAAUGCAUUGAUUAAAGAUAUAAAUAACUAAUUUCACAGAAAGAAAAUACGUAAGGCUAGUGUUAUGAUUGAAUUGCGUCUCCCAAAAAUAUGUGUCAAUUUGGCUAGGCCAUGAUUUCCAAUAUCGUGUGGUUGUCCUCCAUUUUGUGAUCCUAUGUAAUUUUUCUCCAUUUUUUGAUGUGUUGUAAAUCCUAACCUCUUCCUGUGGUUAUAAUCUCAUUUGUAAAUGGGUUAUGUUUGUUAUAUUAAUGAGGCUGGAUUAGGUUAUGUUUGCUAUGUUAAUGAGGUAGGAUUAGAGUGUAUAUUGUUUCAAUCUCUUUUGAGAUAUAAAAGAGAUUAAACAAGCAAGCUAAGUAGCAGAGAUGGGGGAUGAGAGACGACAAGUCACAUGAAGAUCACCCAAGAGCAGAAGCUCCAGGAGACAAGGGCCUUCCUCUGAGUCGACAGAGAAAGACUUCCCCUAAAACUGGCACCCUGAAUUCAGACUUAUAGCCUCCUGAAUUGUGAGAGAAUAAAUUUCUGUUUGUUAAAGUCACCCACUUAUGGUAUUUCUAUUAUAGCAGCACUAACCAACUAAGAUAGCUAGUAAAUGUGAAAAUGUUGUCAACUUCCCUAAUAACCAGAGAAACAUAAUUAAACAAUGAACAAAACUCUGUUGUCCACUUAUGAUUUAGAAAGCUGAAAAGAGCCUCGCUCUCACACUUACAAUAAAAAAGUUAAGUCAUAUAACCUGUGAAAUCACAACCUUUUUGAAGUCAUUAGAGAGCUGAGUUUGUAGGCAACCAACUAUUCUAAAAUCUAAGGAAAGACUUACACUUCCAAGGAGAGAUGAGAUGAAAACACUUGCUUACCUAGGAGCAGACAGUGGACUCUACAUAUGACACAAAAUAAAAUAAUUUAUCUAUAAUUUUUAAUGAAUUGCUAAAGGUUCCACUUGGGCUACCACGAGAAUAUAGAAUCACUGGGAACGACAACCAUGAGAAUUUGUACCCACCUUCAGUCUUUUCCAUAGUCCUGUGGUGCAAUGAAUUAUUUAAUAUGGCCCAUCUAGCCAUGGUCUUCACGACUCACACGUGAUGAUUGAGUGGGACAAUGCAAAUAGAGUAUAUGGAACCUGUGACAGUUGGAACUAUCUGUCAAAUUGGCUAGGCCAUAAUUCCCAACAUUGCAUGGUUGUCCUCCAUUUUAUGUGUUGUGGAUCCUGACCUCUACAUGUUGAUGAGGCAGGAUUUGUACAGGGUGUGUUUUCAGCUUAGUUGCAACCUGGCAGGAGGGAGUGACUCAAGUCCCACCCUUACUGAAGUUACACUCCUCCCUGGAGUGUAGCCUGCAUCUAAGAUGUGUGUGUCCUGGCAAGGCUCUCUGCCUUUGCAUCUGGACCUCAAGUCUGGUUCAUGAUCGAUUGACCUCCUGCCUCUUGGGACUCUGCUGCCUGAUCUGCCAAUUCUGGGAUUUUCCAGCCUCCACAGCCCCUUGGGCUGGAGGCCUAUUGUCUGACCUGACUUGGCAGCUUCCACAGCCUUGUGAGCCAGCAGCCUGUGGUCUGAACUGCCGGUUUGGGUUCAUCAGCUCCUGCAACCAUGUGGGUGAGAAGAAGCCUACGCCUGCCCCACAAAUUUGAGACUUGACAGCCUCCACAACCACAUGAGUCAUUUCCUUUAUAAGUUGAUGAGUUCUGUGGGACGUUGUAGCAAAUUAGGGAACCCAAAGAGAGGAGGGAGAGUACUGAAGAGAGAGGGAGUAGUAGAUGUUAGAAAUGAUGGGGUGGUACAGCAGUUUGGAAAAGCUGGACAUUUGGGACAUCUUUAACCUCCACAUAAUAGAAACCAGCUUUGUGCUGAUCCUUAUAAAAUAUGUUUGUUUAGGACCUAACUAGGUAAUUUUUGAAAAUAUUGAGGAGAGACCGGGAGGUUGGAAAGAGCAGCCACUGUAGGAAAUGCAUGGACCCCUGCCUGAAUUCUUCUCCACUACAUAUAUAUAUAUAUAUAUAUUUUUAAUGGAACCAAAGUUUUAAACCUCUGGGGGAAAGGCAGCAAACCUUAUAAUCUUUGGAGCACAGGGAAAAAUGCAUUGUAACAGAGGGAAGCAAGCAGAAAAAAAAGUUGUUCUAUCCCUGGGGAAACAGAAGGAAUAUAUUCUGGCCAUAGAACAUUAGGGGUUUCUCACAGCUUGAGCAAAGGCAGAAUCACAAUGAAAAUCCCAUCCUCAAGACCAAGGGACACAGUGUCUAUUAAAUACUGAGGCUGAACCAAAACAAUAGAGAACUCCCCACACACUGCUCCCCACUCUACUUCCUUUCACCAGGUUGAACAAGUAUCAAACAACAAGUUAACUACAUGCAAAGAAACGUUCUCUUUCCUGCUGAUAUAAAGGGAAGACUUAAAAUCGAUGGCGAGGCAAACACCAAGAAUACACAUCCGGCAAAAUCCCUGGCACAAACACAGUGUAGCACUAGAGGAAUUUUAAGUCCGUGGUAACCAUAGCGAUGCAACAAAUCACAUACUAGGCUCUACUCCUGACCAGAUUGACUCAACCUCCACAGUAAAGUCAUAGCGAAAGACAACCCAUGCUCAUUUACAGGCAUACAUACUAUUGACCAUCACAGACAGCUUUUAGCAAAAAUUGUGAGGCAGACAAAGAAGCAAAGGAAAAAAAAUGAAUAAAACAAACAAAAAACACCAUAAAGAGACAAAUCACUAAAAAAGAUCCUGAUUUAGAUAUGGUACAUAUGUUGAAACUUUUAGAUAGGAAAUUUAAAAUAGGUGGACAACAUGCUAUGGAGUAGCUCGACUCUAUGCACACGUGGUUGCUAUGAGUUGGGAUCAACUUGACAGGAACUAAAAACAACAACAACAUGCAUCUUCAGAUAGAUAAUUUUAAUAGAAAAAUGGGAACUAUGAGGAAGAAUCUAAUGAAAUAACUACAAAUGAAAAAAUACAGUUACAGAGAUGAAGAAUGCCUUCAAUGGAAUCACCAGGAGGCUUGCUCCAUUACAGGAAAGAAUCAAUAAACUUGAAGAUAACCUAUUGCUGUCAAGUCGAUUUUCACUCAUAGUGACCCUACAAUAGAGCUGCCCCAUAGUUUCCAAGGCUAUAAUCUCCACGGAAGCAGGCUGUUACACCUUUCUCCUAUGAAGCAGCUGGUAGGUUUUGACCACCGACCUUUUGGUUAGCUGCCUAAUGCUUAACCACUGCACUCCCAGGGCUCCUGAACUUGAAGAUGGGUCAAUAAAAAUUUACUCAAACUGAAACACAAAGAGAAAGAAAGUGAAAAGGGGAGGGGGGUGAAAAAGAAAUCAGAAGGUCUACGAGAUGUGGGACAAUAUCCAGAGAUUUAAUAUAUGUGUCACUAGAGUUCCAGAAGGAGGAGAGAGAAUGGAGCAUAAGAAAUAUUUGAAGAGAUGAAGUCCAAGAAUUAUUCAAAAGUAAUGAGAGACAUCAAACCACAUAUCCAAAAAGCUCAGCAAACAUAAAUCAGAAUAAUACCCCCCUGUACACUCCCCUAGGCGUAUCAUACUUGAAGUACUAAAAACCAAAGGCAAAAAAAUCUUGAGGCAGCCAGAUAAAAAUGACACAUUAUAUAUUACACAGGUACAAAUAUAAGAGUUACAGCAAACUUCUUGUCAGAUACUAUGCAAGCCAGAAAACUAUGGACUGACAGGUUAAAGUUCUGACAGAAAAAACAAAAUCUGUCAAACCAGAAUUUAGAACCAGUAAAAAUAUCAUUGAAAAACAGAGGAGAAAAAAAGAUACUUUCAGGAAAAUGAAAUUCAGAGAAUUUAUUGCAAGAAAUUGUGCAGUUAAAAAAAUGUUUUAAAAGUUCUUUAGGAAAAAAAAAAAUACCAACAGAUACUUGGAUCUACACAAAAAUCUAUCUUGAAAAGUGGCGUAAAAACGUAAUAUAAAAUUCAUUUUUUAAAAAGUGCUUUCUGUGAAGAACCAAAAAGUAUAUAUUUUAAGCUUUGUGGGAUGUACAGUUUCUGUUGCAGCUACUUAACUCUGCCACUGACUUUUAAAGCAGUUAAAGAAAAUACAUAAAUGAAUGAGCAUGUCUCUGUUCCAAUAAAACUUCAUUAUGGAGGCUGAAAUUUGAAUGUUAUACAAUUUUAAUGUGUCACAAAGUAUUUUUCUUUUGAUUUUUCCAAUCAGUAAAAAAGUAUAAAAACUGCUUUUAGCUUGUGGGUUAUACAAAAACAGGUGGCAGACUCAA